AUGUCUACCGCAGAUGUCACACUUCAGGCUCAGGAUCUUUUUGGGUCUCACCCUGUGGAACUCAAAUCUCUCGGCGUCUUCCUCGCUGCUAUUACUUUCUUGAUUAUUCUUUUUCGACAAUGGGCUCUCCCGAAACCCAUUCCGGGCAUUCCCCAUCGCGCAGACGCCGUCACCUCCAUACUGGGCGACCUCACGAGCAUAGGAAAAUACAUGGCAUCAGGUGAUGUCACAUUCUUUGACUGGCUCACAGCGCAAUCAAAAGAGCUCAACUCGCCAAUCUUCCAGACCUUCCCAAAGCCACUGGGCCGGCCCAUGGUGGUCCUGAAUGACUUUCGCGAGGCGCAGGACAUUCUCAUGCGGCGCGGCAAGGAAUUCGACAGGGCAUAUACCAUGAUCAACCUGUUCAGUGGAAUCAUUCCAAACCAUCACAUCGUGGAGAAGACGAAUGCCGUUUGGAAGAGCCACAGACGGCUGUUGCAAGACUUGAUGAGCCCGGGCUUCCUUGAUGGCGUGGCCGCUCCGGUUAUCUACCACCACGUUUCGAACCUUGUGCGGCUUUGGGAGAUGAAGGCUCAGAUCGCACAUGGCAGGCCAUUCAAGGCCGCAACCGACAUCUACAACACGGCACUCGAUGCCGUUAACGGAUUUACGUACGGGCAGGGUUUCGAGCAUCGUGCCAUCCAGCCGACGCUGGAGUAUUUUGAGCGCACAACUCAAGAAACCACAGAGAAGCUGAGGGGAAAUGGUGGUGUCGAAGACGCCAUCGAGUUCCCUAUUCAGCCCCCGGACGAGGUCGUAAGGGCAGCGGUUACUGUAACCUCGGCUUUCGCUGAUGUCCAGACCAGUCCUGUCGCACAUCUGAAAUGGCCUCUGCUGACGAGAAUGCCGAAGCUGGUGAAAGCAAAAGAGAUUAGAGACAACUCUAUCCGCAAGGAGAUCCACGCUGCUGUGGAAAGGGCCCAGACACAUCCGGAUCCGAGUUCAAUUCGCUCAGCAGUGGAACACAUGGUCCGAAGAGAGACAACGUUGGCGGAGAAAGAGGGCCGCGCCCCAGAUUUCUUUUCCACGACAAUGUUCGAUGAGCUCUUUGGCUUUGUCAUCGGCGGCCACGAUACCACCUCCACAACAUUCUCCUGGGGUGUCAAAUUCUUAGCGGACAACCCUCAUGCCCAAACACGCCUUCGUUCCGCCCUGCAGUCAGGGUUCUCAGCGGCCAAGGCGGAAGGGCGUGCUCCCACUGUACAGGAAAUCACCUCUUCCCGCAUCCCCUAUCUCGAGGCCGCUCAAGAGGAGAUACUUCGCUGCGCGCCUACUCUCCAGAUCGUUGAAAGAGAAGCGCUGGUUGACACUGUGGUUCUGGGCCACAAGAUCCCCAAAGGCACCGUCGUCACGAUUCCAUCCGGCGGUAACAGCGUAGCCUCGCCUGUGUUCGAGAUUGACGAGGCCAGGCGCCACAGCAGCAGCCAGGAGGCCAGGAAGUCAGGCAAGUCGCGGCAUGACUGGGAUCCUAUGGACAGCGGCGAGUUCAAGCCCGAGAGGUGGCUAGUCAACGAUGGAAACGAGUUCGAUUCUGCCGCUGGGCCGCAGUUGACGUUUUCCCUGGGCACGAGGAGCUGCUUCGGAAAGAGACUCGCCUAUCUUCAGCUGCGGAUACUGGUGACACUCGUCGUAUGGAACUUUGAGCUGUCAAGGUGCCCGGAUGAGCUGUCUGGCUACGGACACAAGUCCACGCUCACGACCGAGCCGACUCAGUGUUUUGUCAGGUUGAGCAAGGUUCAGCUUUAA